AUGGAAAAAGAAAAAGAUAAAAGAAGCCCUAAUUUUACAAAACUGGAGACUGAGAUUUUAGUGGACUUGGCCCUAAAAUAUAAACAUGUAAUUGAAAAUAAACGUACAGAUGCUACUACAUGGAAAGACAAAAAUGAUACAUGGCAAAUAAUUACUGAUGAAUUCAACGCUAUAUCAGGAAAUUUUCCCAGAUCAGUUAAGUCUGUACGAUCCAAAUAUGAAACAUUUAAGAAAGAUUUGAGGAAAACGUGUGCUAAAGUAAAAGAAGAAAUUAAAAAAACUGGUGGUGGAGCUAUCACGUGUCCUAUUUUGAAACCUCACGAAGAAAAAUUUCUUUCGGUCAGCGACUUAACAAUGUUAGGACUUUCAUCUCGAUUUGAUAAUGAUAUUGAUCCUGAUCACUUUCCUCAAGAAGAACCUGGUGGCUUUCUUCGAGAAGAAUCCCACAAACUUAAUGAAAGCGCCUCGGAAAAUGCAAUAUCAAUUACCAACAUAAAUAUUAAUGAAACCGAUAUUAUAAAUGAAGACGACACAGAAGAGAUUCACAUAGAAUAUGUCCAUGAAACAGAUCCUCCACCAAAAGGUAGAGCCGAGGACAAAGAAAAUUACAUGUCACAAUCUAAUGCAAGUGGUGUUAAUAAAUUUCUGCACAAAAAUAAAAAGAGUAAAGGGACCAUACAACGAAAGAAUACCAAAGUCUGCAUAGAAAUGGUGGAGACGAAGAAAAAAAUUUUGGAACUGCAGGAAACUUUAUUAGAGCAAGAAAUCAUUCAGAAAAGUGCUAUAAAUGAACUUAUUAUAGAGAAUCUCAAAAGAGAUUUGGAAAUAAAAAAUAUAAAAUUGCAAAAUUUUAGGGAUGAAUUUCAAUUUUAAUUUGUGAAACAUUUAAAUCAAAAUAUGGUACUUCAGUUA